CCUGAGUGCAACUAGGCCGAGGUGAACUAAGUGUUCAAACAAUAACCAAAAAUAUUUAGAUAAAGAGAGGGACAAGGUGAAAAGGGAUUAGAAGAAAAGAGACACAAUGUACUCUUCGAUUCGAGUUUUAGUUGUCGUCGCAGUCCUUUUUCCUGUUUUUGUCGAUUGCACUGUUCGGCACUACAAGUUUAAUGUGGUAAUGAAGAAUACCACUCGAUUAUGUUCAAGUAAACCCAUUGUGUCCGUCAACGGUAAGUUCCCAGGGCCAACUUUGUACGCCAGGGAAGGCGAUACGGUGCUUGUUAAAGUCGUCAACCAUGUCAAAUACAAUGUUUCCAUACACUGGCAUGGUAUCAGGCAACUUCGAACAGGUUGGGCGGAUGGGCCAGCAUAUAUAACACAAUGUCCAAUUCAGUCAGGGCAAAGCUAUGUAUAUAACUUUACCAUCACAGGCCAAAGAGGAACACUGUUAUGGCAUGCGCAUAUUCUGUGGUUAAGGUCCACGGUUCAUGGUGCCAUUGUUAUCUUGCCUAAGCGCGGUGUUCCAUAUCCAUUUCCGAAACCCCACAAGGAAGUAGUUGUUGUACUCGCCGAGUGGUGGAAAUCCGACACUGAAGCAGUGAUCAAUGAAGCACUCAAAUCUGGAUUGGCUCCAAAUGUUUCGGAUGCUCACACCAUAAACGGCCACCCAGGAAGGGUCUCGGGUUGUCCUUCACAGGGAGGUUUCUCAUUGCCAGUGGAAAGCGGCAAGACCUACUUGUUACGCCUAAUCAACGCUGCACUCAAUGAAGAGCUCUUUUUCAAGAUUGCCGGCCAUAAGCUCACUGUUGUCGAAGUUGACGCCACAUAUGUUAAGCCGUUCAAAAUUGAUACAGUCGUAAUAGCACCGGGCCAAACCACCAAUGUCCUUGUCUCUGCUGAUCAAAAUUCAGGCAAAUACAUGGUUGCUGCCUCCCCUUUUAUGGACGCUCCGGUUGCAGUCGAUAACCUGACAGCAACAGCAACAUUGCACUACUCGGGCACACUUGACAACACCCCCACAAGUCUCACUACCCCACCACCACAAAAUGCCACAUCAGUUGCCAACAACUUUAUAGACUCUCUGCGUUCCCUCAAUUCCAAACAAUUCCCUGCCUUGGUCCCACGAACUAUUGAUCAUAACCUUUACUUUACCGUCGGACUGGGGAUUAACCCUUGUCCUACUUGCAAAGCCGGUAAUGGAAGCCGCGUGGUAGCUUCUAUUAACAAUGUGACAUUCACUAUGCCUACUACAGCCUUACUUCAAGCACAUUUCUUCAACACCAGUGGGGUGUUUACCACUGAUUUCCCUAGUACCCCACCGCACGUCUUUAAUUACACCGGAACUCCACCAAAGAAUUUGCAAACAAGAAAUGGGACCAAGGUUUUCAGGCUGGCUUAUAACUCUACGGUACAACUUGUUUUGCAAGAUACUGGAAUCAUAGCACCUGAGAACCACCCAAUCCACGUACAUGGAUUCAAUUUCUUUGCCGUUGGUAAGGGACUUGGAAACUAUAAUCCCAAAACCGAUCCUCAGAAAUUUAACCUUGUCGAUCCUGUCGAGAGGAACACAAUUGGGGUACCAUCUGGUGGAUGGGUGGCUAUUAGAUUCCGUGCAGAUAACCCAGGAGUUUGGUUUAUGCACUGCCAUUUGGAAGUGCAUACAACAUGGGGACUUAAGAUGGCAUUUUUGGUGGACAAUGGAAAAGGGCCUAAUCAGUCACUUCUUCCUCCUCCAAGUGAUCUUCCAAAGUGUUGAACCAGGCAACUAUGGACACCAGCACCGAGAUUUUACGAUGAAAGGAAACGUGAAAAGAGAAUGAAAGAAUUUCUUUCAUGUGCAGAAGAUGAGGCUGUGAACCUGUGCUAUUUAAUAAGCAAAAGAAGAGUUGAGAUUGAAUUUUUUUUCUUGGGUAAAUGUCGAAUAACAUUUGUAUAAGCAUUAUUAUUUUUGGAAUGAAAUCAUGAAUAAAUAUUUUAUUCAAAA